AUGGGUCAAGUCCCUCUGCCUCUGGAUGGCAUCUCCACUGGCGACUCAGACAUUGAACGGUCCAACAUAACCGAGGUUACGAACAUUAACCAUGUCAAGGGGAAAUCAAAUCCUGCCGCGCUUGGAGAGUCAACCACAGUCAUAGCAGAUGGGAUUGAUAUCCCUCUCAACAUCGAUGCGCUAGAUCCGGCAUUCCAGCUCUCAGAAUGUUUGCGAUCACACGGUAUCGAAGGCCUCCUCGAGGAGGACUACCCAUCAUCCCUCGAUACGAGAUACCAAUCACCAUUCGCAUGGCCAUUACGAAAGAAGAUCACGGUGCUCUUUGGGACCUUCCUCGCCUCGACCCUAGCCGCCUACUCUGCCGGCGCUUAUGCCAUGGCCGCUGCCCCCCUGGUUGAGAAAUGGCAUCUCACGAACACCCAAUUCAACCUAGGCAUCACCCUCUUCGUCUUGGGUUUCGGCUUCGCGCCCAUGAUACUAGCCUUGAUCAGCGAGAUCUACGGCCGCUACUGGGUCUUUGUCGGUUCAGGUGCCGUAUUUUUCCUGGGAACCCUGGGCUGCGCGGUGACACAGUCGUUUCCUGGCAUGUUGGUCUCUCGUCUGAUUACGGGCAACGGGGCAUCAGUCUUUGCGACGCUGACCGGGGGCGUGGUGGGAGACGUAUUCCACAAGGAGAAUCGCAACACGCCCAUGGCCCUUUACUCGCUCACGAUCAUGAUUGGAACCGGGUUGGGUCCCAUGAUCAGCGGUAUAAUCGUCGACAACCUCCAUUGGAGAUGGAUCUUUUACGUGCAGAUGAUCACUGUCAGUUGUACCACGUUAGUUAUCUUCAUCUUCUUCGCCGAGACGCGGAGUAAUGUUGUACUUGAGCGGAAGUGCGUAACUCUCAACAAACAUUUCGACGGUAUUCGCCUGCAGCGGGUCUCGUCGCCGAUUGGGGACAAGAGUGGAUUGCGGCAAGGCACCGAGCAGCUGAGCGAGGGUCAGUCGCAACCUGUUCGUGUCCAGUUCCGCGCCCAUUUCGAGGGUCCUGAGCUUGAUAUGAGUAUCCUUUGGCGGAGCUUCUCCUUCCCCCUGAAACUUCUUUGCACCGAAUCCGUCGUCUUUUGGUUCUCCGCCUGGGUUUCAUUCGCGUGGGCAAUCCUAUACAUGCAGUUCAACAGUAUCGGUCUGGCAUUCCGCUCCGUGUAUGGCUUCAACAGCAGUCAGGUAGGAGGUAUCUACACUUCAGUCAUUAUUGGAUCGGUAAUCGGGGCGGUGAUUACAAUCUUCCAGGAGCCGAUCUUCAAGAAGUUCAUGCCUCAACGGAUGGCAACGCCGGAAGGAAGACUCUAUUCUGCAUGUGUUGAGUCACUCUUCCUGCCGAUCGGGCUGUUUUGGUUUGGUUGGAGCUCGUCUCCCAACGUACCUUGGAUUGUGCCUGCACUCGCAAUCACCUCCGUGACGGUUGGCAUCUUCACCAUCUAUCUGGCUGUCUUCAACUAUCUGGCGGACACCUAUCACCGAUAUGCCUCCUCCGCUCUAGCAGCACAGUCUAUGUGCCGGAAUCUGCUUGCCGGAGUUCAACUCACUCAAAUCAUAUCUGGCCUCGUCUUGGUCCUCGGAGCGCAAGCUGCUGCUACGCCUGCCACAAUGCAGAAGCGCGACACUGUUAGUCUCGGCGUCUUCCACGACGGAGGCUGUGCUGGCAGUUAUACCAACAAUUUUGACGUCUCCUCUGGCCGGUGCCAAGAUUUUUCGGGAAAUGUCUACGGGGCAUUAUUCGCAAACAGAGGCGGGAACGUCUGCAAGCUCAAGUUCUGGGCAAAUGCCGGGUGCAGUGGAAAGGCGACGGUCAGCACGGUCAACGCAUACGAGGACCAUUCUUGCGUUCCUGUUGCCAACAAGGACGGACAGUUCUACUUGACCGAUGGAGCACGGUCUGUGUACAUCACUUGCUGA